AGUGGGGAUGAAGAACAAAAAAACCUCUUUAUGUUGGGUCAGGAAGAAAAAAAAUGAGAAGGAAUAACUGAUAUUUAAAUACAAGGAAAUGAGUGUGAAGGGAAGACUCGGCAUUUUUAAAGGACAAAUUGUCUGCAGUUGAGUAUUGAAGGCAGUGUAGCCGAGUGGACUGCAGGAGAGCUGGCUGCCUCCGAGAGCCAGAGUGCUGAUUAUUAAAGAAUAAAACUGAGGAAUGCGGAGGGAAAGAGCCAAACCGAUCCGCAGCAGAGGAAUCGGAAUUGGCGGUGGAAUGGGAAGUCUCGGCCGCCUUCGUCGCUACUGGAGGACUCGCUCUGAGCCCCCCUUCUCCAGCAUGGCCCUUCUCUGUCCCGCUUCGCUUCCCCUUCCCCUCACAGGGACUGGCUUGGGGUCUCUGCGUGAUGCCUGGACAGGACCCUGUUCUUGUGGGCUGGGUGGUGACGACAAGGUGCGGGCAGCCUUUACCGUGGGAGUCCAACCAUGACCUGCGAUUUCACACUGCACCUCUUCAACCACGGCAGCCUGGCUGGCCUUUAAAAAAUCCUUUGUCUUCUCCGUCAGGAUAGAUACUUUACGAUGAAGUUCUGUGUUCAGCCUCUUUUGCUUGCUUGUCACUGCCUGCUUUCCUUUCAGCCUUUCCUGGUGUGUGUUUAGCCGAUUCUCUUUGAGAGAUGCCUAGAGCCAUCUGUGCUGACUGUUGCUACACGUAUAUGAAUGUAUGUGUAGGAGAGGGCAGAGGUGCACGAGUUUUUCCGUAUCUGUGUAACUCCCUACAGCCCACAGACUUGUACCGGAGUGCUAUUUAAGCGUGCAUAUGCAUGCAGAUCUGCGCCUCCGGACAGGCACACAUUGUGUAGUAGACCGGAAUAGAUAAUUCCACAGAAUGCAGGAAUAAACGCAGCAGCUCAGAAUUCAGUGAGGGAGAAAAAUAGAGGAAAAAAAAAAAAAAAAAAAAAAAAAGAGAGAGAAAGAAAUUAGAGAAAAAAACCCAACAAACAAACAAAUAAAGAACAGAAAGCUUUGCUUCACUGUUGUUUUCUGAACAUAAAGUGAGGUUUUGUCCCACCGAUUAAUUUCUCUAGGAGCAGCAAACUGAGUAUCCUAGGCUAGUGUUAAAAGCCAAGCGUAUCUGUUUCUCAAAGGAGGAAGCGUAUUUUCUUACUGCCGAAAAUGAUAUCAAAUUUGGUGGCAGGCAUUGGUGUCCAGCGAGGUCAAACGGAUCAAGAAGUAGUCUGGACACACAUCGCCUUUUAGGAUACGGAGCUGCCAGCAAGUGGAGAUUAACGCCUGUCUCUGUUUGUUUAGAAAGAAAGGGAAAAAAAAAAAAAAGAAAGAAAGAAAAAAAAAGUAGAAAAGUUUAACAGUUUCUUUUGAGAAGUCCGUACAUUGCAAAUCCAGCCGCGUUACCAUGCUAGAGGAAAUGAAAAAAUGCUUCGGUUUGAGAGGACGAGUCCUUUAUUUCCCUUAUUGGAUACGUUUCAUGUGUUUUCCCCGACACUCCGGCUUAAGGACAUGCCUUUUGAAACACAAACACACGCACAGCUCGCACACGCACACACAGAUAAGAUAUGUAUUGGAUCCUGACACAUGCGGGGUGGAGGGAAGAGCGGGAGAGAGAGAGAGAGAAAGGGAGAGAGAGAGAGAGAGAGAGAGAAAGAGAGAUCCUCCUACCUGGAGCCACAGAUUGCAAGAUACGUAGUGUUACCUGGGGAAGUCAGAACAAGUAAAAACAGAUUGAACUUCAGGGCUCUGUGAGGCAGUUGAUCAAGAUCAGUGCUUGCUCAUUCUCUCCCUCAGACUGUCUGUCUUGGGGUUUUGUUUUACUGUUUUGAGCAGCCCUUUCCGUUUUUUCUUCCUCUUUAGCUUUAAUACCGGAGCCGGUUUCGGUCACCAUGGUUCUGGGAAGAGCUGUCUAUCUGCGCGGAGUUGACUUUUUACAGCUCGGCCGGCUUUGCUCCUGGGUAGCUUCAGCAAUGCUCUUGACUGGGAUUUAAUCGACAAGAUCAGUUCGGCUUUUUGUGCAAUUUUUAUGGCUCAGUCCAUUUUCUAGAUCAUGCACAGAAACUUUCGGAAGUGGAUUUUCUACGUGUUUCUAUGCUUUGGAGUCAUCUAUGUCAAAUUAGGGUGUUUGUGGAAGAAGGAGCGACAGAUGCUGAAGUGCUCAUAUUAGACGUUACCGACAAUACCUCUCUUCCAGUGUGACAUUUUAUUGAAGGGAAUGUUUUCAUCUUCAAUCAAGAAAAUGAGUGUGGUUCUCGCUGCCCCGGCUGACAUACAUAUAGAAACCAUUUGGAUGGAAUUUACAAGGUUAUUCUCAUCAUCGUCAUAAUCGUCAUCCUCCACCUCCUCCUCAUCAUUCAUCAUCAGCAAUUUUUCGAUAUAAUAACCGGCCCGUGGUUUUAGAAUAAAAAUUAACUCUCCGGAAAAAACCCUGCAUGGUUUGGUUCCUUUAUACAACUUUUCUUCCCUAACACAACACAUCUGUGGAUAAAGUCAUUUUCGACCUGAAAAUUGUGGAAAUUGGCAAACCAAUCUUCGUUUCAGGUGGAGUGGGUCAAACUUUGCCAGCACAAGUCCGAAGUUUUCCAGUGCCAACAUUCACUCUGCAUUUUUGCACUUCGCUCUCCCCCUCCUUUUCCCCCCAGGCAUAUCUUUAAAAGCAGACGCACAUUUAAAAUACCCGUCCGAAGCGGAACAAAUGCUAGAAAUAAAACAUUCAAAGUGGCUACUCGUUCUCCUGGUUUCACGUUCAGCAGAGUUGUCCCAGCCACAUGUCUAACAGGGGAAAGGGCACAACAGGAGAUAAUACAUCUCUGGUUCUUUCACUGUACAUAGACGUGCAUGCACACCUACAGAAGUACAAAUACGUUCAUUUAAGAAUCUUAAAUAAUUAUAAAUAAGACUGUUCUGGGAUGUAAAUAAUCGUUGAAAGGCUUAAGCUUCUGUCUCGUGUUAACUGAGAUCAGAGUUUCUCGAAAGGACCUUGACUGCCCCAGCGUCUGUGCUGAACUUGCAGAUGAAAGUGUUUAAUGCAACCCAACCCCGAGAAGAUUUUUAUCGCAUAUUGAGCGGCGUACAACGUUUCCCCACCAAUUCUGCAUUUCCCAUUCCAUCUGAGGGAAUAUUUCGUUGUGUCGUUGAGACAGCUGCACCCACGUUCCGGGACUGGUUAACUGGAGGAGGUGUUACCAGGGUGUUUGGUAGAGCUCUUAGCCAAGACAUCUUCUUCAGUCAUUAGGCAAUUAACCUGAGACGGGCAUUUACAGACCGAGGACACAUCGGAGCCUGAUUCUUGCUCACUUCAGCUGCAUUUCGAUUUAAGUGUUUUUCGGUGGCCAUUUCUUUUUCGGGGUUCGUUUUAAACCCCCAGCCCCGGUAUCCGCAGCUCACGUAUUUCACCAUCGCUCUCAGCACUUCCGAAAUCAAGGACAGACGCCCAACAAUGCAGAGGAAGAGCGACCGUCUCCUGCACUCCUGGGGCUGCUCGGGGCGAAGGGCUCCCGAAGGGCCGAGCAUCUCUGCCGCGGGGCGCGGCGGUGCCAAGGGGCAGGAGUCUCUCGGCUCAGGGGGAAGGCGGGGGAGAGGCAACUAACCUGCCGGGAAACUUCGGGCUUCCAUCUUCUCGGGAGGGAGAGAAGGAGAGGGAAGAGCGAAGAAGAAACCUCCUCCUGCGGGGUUGGAGAGAGGUGUGGGGAGCCGGCAGCCGCCGGCAGCCGCCCCCCGCUGGCUCCCUGCAGCGUCUGUUCCACACUAGUCCUUUCCCUUCCCUGCUCUCACGCGAAACUAAAUCUCGCCAGGAAGCUACGAGUGUGCAUGUCUUUAUUUCUCACUCAGUAAGGCUAUGACUACACAUACGUCCCUUUUUUUUUUUUUUUUUUUGACGUUGCUCGUGAAAUCGAAGCCUAAUUUUUAACAUCGUGGGGACGGCAACAGCCAAACCCCCGCCGAGGCUGGAGGGAAGGCGGAACCCCUCGGUGGAACCGGGACAGCUGGCCACAAUAAAGCGAUUAACCAAGAGUGGAGUUCAGUCUCUUGCAAGGCGAGCCAAGGGUGCCACGGCAGACGCAGGGAGCUCUCAGCUCACCGAGCCCUGGGGGGAGUUAAAAAUGCCCCACGGAGCGCGAAGGGAGCGCUUGCCGGGCGAGGGGUACGGAGAGGGCUCAGCCAGCGAGUACGGAUUCAUUGCAGCCCGGGCUAGAUCAGUGUCCUUCCAUUGUCAUCCUCCCCCUAAAAAAAAAAAAAGAAAAAAAAAAAGGGAGAGGGAGAGAAAAAAAGUAGGCGGAUUGCAGUGACUGACUGCCCAAUGGCAGCCCUGGGUCUCAGGAGAGUUACAGAGAGAGGGAGAGAGAGAGAGAGAGGCACUUUCUGCCAUCCAAAUCCCUUAAACCAUCCUCAUUCCAACACGAGAACCCACUGUAACAACUUCCAACCACUGAGACAUGACAGGCAGGAGCCCAGAGGCAGCAGCAGCAGCGAGAGCAGCAGCAGCAGCAACAGCACACACUCUGCACAGGGAGCAGCAUUAGCACCAGGGGAAUACUACACACAACAAUACAAACAAACAAACAAACAGACAAAGCCCCCCCAAGCCCAAGGGACUGGAUUCCAACUAAGAUUCAAGCCACAGCUGACACCAAAAAGGGUGGGGAAUUACGACCAGGGGGGGCCAGAAAGGAAUAACCAAGGAAGCGAACUCAAGAGUGUAAACGGGAUUCAGCCAUGAUCCUUUUUUCAUCUCGCAGUGUGUUACUCUCAGUGUAUUACCCUCAGAUUUUCCUCAUCCUUACCAGUGGGAGUUACCUGUAAGUGAUCCAGAUUUUUUUUUUUUCCGAAAUACUGUUUUUUGCAAUGCCCCCGCUAGCAGCUACCUAAGGGCAAUGCGCAGAGCGAGCAGAGGGAGCCGGGAGAAGCCAGCACGGGCGGCAGCUCCGUGCGGUGCGUGGUGGUGAGGAUGGUGGUGGUGGUGGCGGCGGAGGAGGAGGAGAUGCUGUGCUGGUGGCGGUGCUGGCGCCGCUGGUCGGACCCCGCCGGGGGAAGGGACGCACCGCCAGGUAACUCCCGGGGCUGCCCCGCCGGCGAGGCCGGGGCCCGGCGUGCCCGCAGCGGGGGCGGCGCACCUGGGAGGGCGGCGGGGCAACGGGACGCGGAGCGGCCGGCGUCUCCCCUGGGGACUCCGACCCCGACUCCUCCUCCUGCCAAACCGGAGAUGGGCAUCGCUUCGCGCCCGUCGGGGGAAGGCUGUUUGUGUGCGGAGAUCCCGGGGAGCGCGGGGCUGCCGCAGCCGGCUGCGAGCGCCCAGCCCGGGCCGCCCGCGGAGAGCCCCCGCCGCCGAGGCGCUCGCCGGCCGGCUGCUCUCGCUCCGGAGGGAUCUCCAGUCCCGCAGUCAGAGCUGGCUCCAGGACCUUUUCCUUGUGAGGAAGGGGGUGGAGGAAGCAGGGAGGCCGCGUUCACCUAUGCCAUUACUGCUGCCGGGGUUGCACACGCUGUCACGGCCGCCUGCAGCCAGGGCAACCUCAGCAAUUGUGGCUGUGACCGAGAGAAACAGGGCUACUACAACCAGGAGGAGGGCUGGAAGUGGGGAGGCUGCUCCGCGGAUAUCAGAUACGGCAUUGAGUUCUCCCGGAGGUUUGUUGAUGCCCGAGAAAUCAAAAAGAAUGCACGGAGGCUGAUGAACUUGCACAACAAUGAGGCUGGAAGAAAGGUUCUUGAAGAGAGAAUGAAAUUGGAGUGCAAGUGUCAUGGAGUCUCAGGGUCCUGUACAACCAAGACCUGCUGGACCACGCUUCCCAAAUUCAGAGAGAUUGGAUAUAUUUUGAAAGAGAAAUACAACGCCGCCGUGCAAGUGGAGGUGGUACGAGCCAGCAGACUGAGACAGCCAACCUUCCUGAAGAUCAAGCAGAUCAAGAGCUACCAGAAACCCAUGGAAACAGAUUUAGUGUAUAUCGAAAAGUCACCCAACUACUGUGAGGAAGACGCUUCCACCGGGAGCGUCGGCACCCAGGGACGGCUCUGCAACCGCACCUCGCCCAAUGCGGACGGGUGCGACAUGAUGUGCUGUGGGAGAGGGUACAACACACACCAGUACACCAAGGUGUGGCAGUGCAACUGCAAAUUCCACUGGUGCUGCUUUGUCAAGUGCAACACGUGCAGCGAGCGGACAGAGGUGUUCACCUGCAAAUAACAGCACGGCGUGCACACAAACAGAGCAAACCACCGCAGGCGAGGAAAGCGGAGUACAACAAACAACGACAGCGUCAUUUUGCACAUCUGAUCCUCUUGGGGAAAAGAACCCCAGCCAACACCACAACAACCACUCCCUCCCCACUACUACUUACACUUCUAAGGAUGGUGCAUUUUGGCUGGCUGGCUGUUGUAACUGCUUUGGAAGCAAGGGCAACAGGAUUAAGGUGAUGUUGACAACCACAUGAAACGUUCUCUCUGUCUCUCUCCCUUUUUUUUUUUUUUAAGCUACAAUCUGGGUGUUGUAGAGUUCUCUUAGUGUUUUAAGUUAUACAUAUCAGAGAAGCUGAUUGCGUUGCAGCUCCCAUGACAUUGAAAAGAAAAAGACACUUUCUCCUGUUUUACAGCAACAAAACUGUCUGGCCCUGUGCAAACAAAAACUUUUUUAAGGAAAUCUUCACUGACUAGAACACAACAUUCUCACCGCAAAACCCAAAAUUUCUAAGAAAGCAGGUAGAGAGAAAACAACUGAUAGAGAGCAAAAUCUAUGGCAGAAAUACUCCGCUAUCAGUUUGGAACAAAACCCCAACAAACAUUCACAAAAUUACAUCAGCUGCCAGUGACACUGGAAGUCUUUGAAUGAACAUUAAAAAUAAUUAUUUAUGUUUUUAUUAGUAUCAAAAAAUUCUAAGCACUAACGGGUAGCUAUGUCUUAAUUCUGUACUAAAUGUAAACUUAUUGGAACUCUGACUUUAUGACUUUUGUAUUUGGUUCUCCCUAAGUACUUCAAUGCUACUGAUCUGUUGUCACUCCACUAUUAGAGAGUUCAAUUACUGUAGGCCUUAAGCAAUUGCCAGAACUGAGCGAAAACAUCACAUGAAGCUUUGGUUACCAAUGUUCGAUGUCAACUUUUCCCACUUGCCUCCUGAAUAAGAAUGACCUUUUUUGACUCAGGCCUGAGGUGUGGAGCACCUGCUCACAGAUCCUCAUAGGGAUUUUUAGGAUACAAAGACGUGCUUCUACAAAUAUCAAAGGUUUUGCUUUGACAUUGAAUGCGCUGGCAGGAUCUUCCAGGCAUUGCGUUUCCCUUUAAUGGUUGAAAGUUAGUAUUUCCAAGACUUUUAAAAAACUUAUGCUCAGAAGUCAAUGAAAGUCAGGCAGUGCAACCUCUGAGUUGUCAUGGCUUCAUGAGCAUGAGAAAGCCAAAAUUUGGGUUGGUCUGUGUCAUCAUUAUUUCACGGUUUGCAAUAAUGUACCCCCCCUGGUAAGCACAUGAAUGUUAAAAGAAAGAAACUCACUUCUUAAUAGCACUCAGUCCUAAUUCCUACACCUUUUCCUUAUGAGAGAUUUUAAAAACAGCCUCAGAUAUUUUACUGCUGUAAAAUCUAGUGUUUUAACCCCAGAUAUGCCCACAGAACACAGCCCAUCUAACCAUGUAAUUGUUUGCCUGUCCCAAGGGUCCCUGCCUGAUUUUCAGAAAACUUGGAAUUAAAAAUCUCCUCACACCUGCAUAUCUGCAUUUUUAGCUUUUGUUUCAUUUCAUGACUUGUCUUGAGGGGCUGCAGAGCCAUGAGCCCUCCCCACCUGACACGGCAGCACUUGUCCAUCCCUGUGGUGCUCUUGGGGCAAGGGGCUGGUGGACCUAGAGCUCCACCAGCUCCCGUGCUGGAUACGUGAACGAGCCAGAAUUACCUCUGUAAUCUGUGGACCUGUAUUAUCAAAAGUAACUAAUGAUUUGGGGACCUUCAUCUGAACACUUGUGAGGACCUGCCCUUCUGACCCCAAGUACUCAACCUCUGAAAAUCAGACCCCUUUGAUGACUCCCCCACAGAGCAAUGCAAAUUUGCUUAUUUUUUUUGAUGUUGCUGUUAUUUUUAAAUAACAGCCUUGGCAUGAAUGAGUGCAACUGCACAGAAGUCAACAGGGGCCCCUAAAAUACUUUAUUCACCCCUUGGAUUCAUGGGUAUUGAUGUUGAAUAAUAGUGAUAAUACUGUACUUCCACUACAUUCUUGACAGGAAGCAAAUAAAGCUCCCAAACACAGUAAUGCACAGUCUCAUGGUACUAGAUACUGUAAAUAUAUUAGAAUAGUAUUUGUUAAGUACAACUGAGGUCUCCAAUUAAGUUAUAUUAUUGUAUAUCGUUUAAAUGUCUAUAGAGUAUUUUAAAUUAUUGCGAACUACACUGCGUUAAAAAGAGAAAAAAAGGAAAAAAGGUUAUAUAUUAUAACACCAACCCUCAGAAAAGUGGACCAAAGUGACACUUUCUCCCACACCCCUAUUUGAAAUAGCUCUGUAUACUGAAAUAUUCUGCUACUGUAAAACCACUGUAACAGUCCCAUGACUGGGUGAGCAGUCUAGAAUGUAAAGUUUCAGAGCAUCCUACGGAAGCUUUGCUCACGUGGAGGUGCAGCACUCAAAAAGGUGCUGCAAGGCACAAAGCAGGGGCUGGCACUGGGAAUGCCUGGACUUUGAAAUGUGUCCCAUGGAAAAGUAGUUUUGGUCAGAAGAUACUGUUACCACUAAUAUACCAAAACACUCCCCCAAAUCAGGACUUUUAACGAAGCUGUCUGUGAAUAGAAGUGGGUUACACACAACUUUUAUUUUUAAGAAUGUAGUUUGAUGUCAAAGACCUGUGACAAUAGAGGUUGGAACACAACCAGCAACAUGUGGUUUAACCAUAUCUUAGCCAUGCCAAAACUCAAAAUACUUUAUGUUAUUAAAGAACUUAAGAGCAAAGAUCAAUUUGUUUACUAUGUUAAUGUUUUAUGGCAAGCAGAAAACAAAAGACUAAAUGUGUUUCCAUUAAAAAUUAAUUUUUUCCCCUUC